CUACUUCUACGGCUCCGGCCACGUCGCGAGGCGAGGGCAGCCACAUACAGGCGUAAGCGGCAGGCCACGCUCACCUCGCAGCCACCAUAGGAGAGCCCCAGCUUCCAUCUUCUUCCCCUCUCCUAACGUGUCCGCCUCUUUCCCCACCCGUCCCCCACCUCCUCCCAAAUCUCCCCUCUCGGGCACGCUAUUUAUAUUGGGGCGAGCGAGACAGCCAAGAACCUGUGUUGCUGCCAAAGCUCUGAAGAAGAAAUCACUCCUAGCUGUUUUAGUUUUAGCUACCUUUUCUAGCUAGCUGCGUGUGUAGCUCAGCUCGAUCAACCGGCUGCAUGGCAUUCAGUGGCCACGGCGUCGGCUUGGAGGGCUCGGAGAAGAGCCAGCCGGCCCGGCCCGAGACGACGUCAUCCGAUCACCAUGAGGCAGUGGUGCCCGAGCAGGUGUCCGCAACCGCAAGAAUGUCGACGUCCAAGGAGGAGAAGCUGCUGAAGUCGCCAGCCAAGGAGGAGGAAGGGGAGGAUGCUGGGGAGAGCACGCGGGAGAGGCUGAAGCGGCACCGGCGGGAGAUGGCGGGGAAGGUGUGGGUGCCGGAGCUGUGGGGGCAGGAGAAGCUGCUCAAGGACUGGAUGGACUGCUCCGCCUUCGACCGCCCGCUCGUGCCGGCCGGCCUGCUCACGGCGCGCCGGGCGCUCGUCGCCGAGUCCUGCGCGCGCCGCCGCCCGGCGCCCACGCCACGUGCCAGCUGCUCCGCCAGCCCUCCUCUCCGGGUGCAAAACGGCUGCUCCUGAGCGCUUUCUCCCUCGAUCUAGCUAUAUAUACAAAUGCACAUACAUAUGCCUAGCUUAAUUUCUUCUUGCUCGAAUAAGAUACGAACCCUCCUGCUUGCAUGUUUCGGAGUUGUGAAGGCCUUUUUUUAUUUAGUAAGUACUGGUGAUCGAUCAUGUGAACAAUAUUUGCUUUCAUAUGAGCUUAUUUAGCUUAUAAUGCUAAUAUUUCUAGAAACAAUAAUCUCGGUCCAUCGGUUGGUGCAAAAACUUAAUUAGCUGUGCUUUUAUCAGAUGGCUUUGCUAUGUAUAUACAUAUUUGAUGGUUGUAUA